CGUUGGUCGACCGACAGGCGCAUGACAGCUUUGCGUGCCUUUGCAGAGCUACGAAGUGCCCUGAUCGCUGCUCCCCGAGCUCAGUCGCUCAGGACGCCCAGCAGAAAGCGGUUGUGCGUUCGUUGUGCUUCGAGCGACACACAACAAGCACAAGCUCCUCGACUCAGAUUUGCGCCCUCGCCCACUGGUUUCCUCCAUCUGGGUGGCCUCAGAUCUGCACUGUUCAAUCAUCUGCUAGCAAGAAAGCUAGGCGGGGCUUGGAUUCUGCGAAUAGAAGACACGGAUAGAAAUAGAUUCGUGGAAGGCGCAGCAGACAGCUUGACUGAGAUCCUACAAUGGGCGAGGCUCGACUAUGACGAGGGACCGUCACGCGGAGGCCCCCACGCGCCUUAUACUCAAUCAGAAAGGAAGCAGAUCUACGCUCGAUACGCUGAAGAGCUCGUCUCGGCCGGUCACGCGUAUGCUUGUUUUUGCGACCCACCCAUAGCGUCUGCGCAGAGCAAGCAUGCUCCACCUAAUGUGUGCUCUGGCGAGUGCGCGCAGCUUUCGUCAGACGCUCUUGCAGCAAAGAGCAGCUGCAAAGCGCCAGCGGCCAUACGCUUAAAAAUUGGUCCAGAGGGCUUGCCGAGGUCGUUUGAAGAUCUCGUGUAUGGCAAGAUCAAUCUUCCUGCCAAAGCCGGGCAAGAUCGCGACUUUGUCAUUAUCAAGCGAGAUGGCUUUCCGACAUACCACUUUGCCAACGUUAUUGACGAUCAUCUCAUGCAGAUCACUCACGUCCUACGAGGCGAGGAAUGGAUACCGUCGACGAGCAAGCACCUUGCUAUAUACGAUGCUUUCGGUUGGCAAGCACCUAGAUAUGCGCAUAUGCCAAUACUUGUCACUUCGGAAGGCAAAAAGCUCAGCAAGCGAUCCGGUCAUGUGCGCGUUGAAGAUUACAGAGCGGAAGGGUAUGAGCCUGAAGCAGUACUCAACGCUGUUGCUCUGCUCGGUGCAUCUUGGCAAGACGCCCCGCCCGAAAGUCGCUACGGGCUCCAAACGAGCGACAUCAUGACGAUGCAAGAGAUGAUCUCAAAGUUUGCCAUCGAGAACGUCAACAAGCAUCGUUCGGCCUUUUCGCCCGGCCAACUCGACUUUCUGAACAGACAUCAUCUGAUCCUGAAGUGCGCGUCUGACGGGACACUGACUGAGAUGGCCGAGCGACUCCUACCGGACUUGCAAGAAGCUUUUCCCUCUAGUCCGCUGAUGGAAAUCGCCUACAUCAAGGACGUCAUCGUUGCUUUGAAGGAAAGGAUUAACCGACUCAAAGAUGUCGCCAUCAUGGGCCCCUAUUUCUUCUCCGAGCCAGACUACACCGUUCCUGCAGCCAAAGCGAUGCUACGCAAGACAUCAGAAGAGCACUACAGAUCGGCAUGCGAAGCUACAUAUGAGAGGCUAUCCUCGAUGACGCCAGCUGAGUGGACGGCAGAUCGACUUAGUGCAGCUCUGGCUGCAGUGACCCAGGACGAGCCAGGCCUGCAGAUCGGGUUGCCUCUCAGACACGCGCUCACUGCAGCAAAGAUCGGUCCGCCUGUCGCCAUCGUAAUGGCAACAUUAGGUCAAGAGACUAGUCUGGCAAGGCUAGAGCGAGCAGCGCAUACAAAGUGGACAACGCCAGCCGAGGAUCGUCUAGCUCAGAUCCUCGCAUCAUGCGAUACAAAACAAGCUAAGGGUGUCCAAAAAAAAGUCCAUGUCCUGCGCGCGAGAGGUCCAUAA